AUGCUACCUCCUUCCGAUUCUAUUGGUCAUCAGUAUCGCAAACUUGCGGAGGCUCUCGCAGAUGCACAACAGAACCGGUCGACUUCUUCUGUGCCUCCCCCUCCUCCGUACUCUUCUGCAGUCAAGACGUCUUCUUCUGAUACGACCAAUGCCGAUUAUGACUAUGACGACGAUGAGGAUGUCUUUCUAGAGGAAGACACAUCACCGCGUGCGCCCCCAAUCACCAUCAAGAUCGAUGCAUCGAUCAGUGUCGUCGGAGACAGGAACACGAUCACCAUUCCUGUGUCCAGACUCGUUCGCAGCGGCAGCAACAGCGAUGGCAGUGGCAGUAAUGACAACAACGGGUCGGCCAUGCAGACACAGUGCCCCAAUCGAUCUCAACAAUCGUCAUCACCAUCAUCACCAACAAAAUCCGGAUCGGAAUCCGGAUCGGAAUCUGGAUCUGCUCGUCAGGCCACAGCCUAUCUCCAACGCUUUCAGCAGCAGCGACAUACCCAGCACGCCGAACUGGCCAAUACGAUGCUUGCCGGUCUCAACAGCGCCGGGCUUCUGACAGACCAGACCAAUGGCGGUAAUCAGUCCCGUCGUCGAGUGGACAUCGAGAUCAACUCUGGAAUCCGCAUCCAUGGGUUAGGGAACGUGGUCUGCGCCGGUGUGCUGCCACGGUCUAUGGCCAGGAAUACCACCAACGCGAAUACCAGCACAAACCCGGAACGGGACGUACCAUCUUCUUCUCCUCCUGCUGCUCCUCCUGCAUCGCUUUCGGAGACAAAGAAGGAGAGGAAUCCCACUAGUUCCGGGGACCCAGCUGCUUCUCCCAUGGAACCAAGCGCUCAGAGGAAAAGAUCUAACUCGUUUGUCUACCUCUUGCUUGCUUGCUUUCUUGAACCACUCAUGCCACCCCAAACAAAGAUACAGAAGACAGUCUGA